GUUCAAAUCGCAUGGAUGUGCUGCGGCCACGUUUUUCCUGGUGCUACCUUGCCCUAUGGUCUGUUAGGCCUACUCCUCCUGUCCUGUCCUAAGAAACACACGUAUGAUGAUGCCCUUUCAAAGGCUGAGAAACUUAUGCGCAUCUGGCCAUGGAUCUAGGCAUGGCGAAACCUGGUCCUGAUACGGACGCCAGGGGCGAGAACGCCGCUGGUUUUGUCUCGGACCAUUCUUACAUCAUCGGCUUCUCUCAUUUACAUGACUCUGGUACUGGUGGCGCUCCGUCACUGGGCAACUUUCCCCUCUUCGUCCAUCCAGGGUGCCCCGGGGAUAGCUACCUUAACUGCACUUUUAGCACUUUGGGCCGGAGCGUCAGGCGCACCGAAAACUCGGCCCAGGCCCGUCCUGGUUAUUUCGCCAUCGGCUUGGAGAACACAGUCCGGGCUGAAAUGACGGCUACCCAGCAUGCGGCUCUCUACUCCUUCUCUUUCGUUCCCGAGCAGACCGUUUCCAGCCCAAACCCCGGCGGGCCGGCGACCAACGAACCCGUCGAGAUCCCCACGAACCCCCUCAUACUCAUCGACAUCCAGGACUUGGGAAAAACGCGCACCAGCGGAGGCGUCCGGGUAGAAGAAUCCGGUCGUAUCGUAGGGCACGGCACCUUCGGACCUUCUUUCGGCGUUGGAAAAUAUCAGGCCUACGUCUGUGCCGACUUUCGUGGAGCAGAAAUCCGUGCAUCCGGCAUCUUUGAGGGCGACCAUCCUCGAGAGGGAACCAAACAGCUCGAAGACAUGCGGCAAAGUUCAGCUGGCGCAUGGUUGCACUUCGACCAUCCAGCCCAAGAUCGAAUCCUUGCCCGCGUCGGUCUUUCCUUUAUAUCCAUAGACCAGGCAUGUGCCAAUGCCGAAGCCGAAAUCCCCGACUUCGACUUUGAUCGCGUUGGACAUGCCGCUGCUGCGAUAUGGGCGGAGAAGCUUUCCGUCGUGGAGGUUGAUGACCACAGCGGAAGUGAUGAGCUCCAAACCGUCUUUUGGUCCGGUCUAUAUCGCACUCUGCUCUCGCCGCAGAACUACACGGGCGAGAACCCGCUCUGGAAGUCGUCCGAGCCCUACUUUGACUCGUUCUACUGUAUCUGGGAUUCCUUCCGGGCACAGCACCCACUGCUGACAAUUAUUGACCCGGAAGCACAGGCCCAAAUGGUUCGGGCACUGUUGGACAUAUAUCGCUUUGAGGGCAAACUCCCCGACUGCAGAAUGUCCUUCUGCAAGGGAUACACACAAGGGGGGUCAAAUGCCGACGUUGUCAUAGCGGAUGCGUUUCUGAAAAAUGUCUCCAAUGGAGUGGACUGGAACACAGCGUAUGAGGCUGUCUUAUCCGAUGCGGAAGUGUCACCCAAAAGCUUCAAUGUAGAAGGACGUGGCAAUAUCGAGAGCUGGCUGGACCUGGGUUACAUAGCGUCAGACCACAGAGACAGAAACUCUACAGGGCCCCACUCGAGGAGUGUCUCUCGCACGGUCGAGUACGCCUACAACGACUUCUGCAUCGCGACCCUCGCCAAGGGCCUGGGCUACAGCGCCGACUACCAGCGUUUCAUGCGACGCAGCGUCAACUGGCAAAACCUCUGGAACCACGACCAGCGCGACCUCCUCCUGCUCUGGGACAGGCCGGGACGAGAACGCGAGGCGACCAGCUUCGUCGGCUUCCUCCAGCCUCGGCGCAUGGACGGCACCUUCGGGUACCAGAACACGCGCGUGUGCUCCCCCGGGGCGGAGCCGCACAUAUGCUACUACGACACCUCGCAAUCGACCUACGAAGGGUCGCCCUGGCUGUACAGCUUCUACGCGCCGCAGGACAUGGCAACCCUGGUGCGCCUCGUCGGGGGCCCCGCCGCGCUGGCUGACCGCCUCGACUACUUCCACGAGAGCGGCCUGGCCUACAUGGGCAACGAGCAGUCCUUCCUGACCGUGUUCCAGUUCCACUACGCCGCCCGCCCGGGCCGCAGCAGCUACUGGGUGCGCCGGUACAUCCCGUCCCAGUUCAACACCACCGUUGCCGGUAUCCCGGGCAACGACGACUGCGCCAUGGGCGCUUUCACCGCCUUUGCUGCCAUGGGGCUCUUCCCCGUCGCCGGCCAGGACGUCUACCUGAUCACUGCACCUUUGUUCCGCGAGUUGAGGUUGCCAUCGCGGCGUGGGCCCGAGUCGCCGGCUAUUAUCAGGAAGGUCGCCGCCCCCGGACAGGGGAGAGUGGGAGACGAUGGCAUGAUGUAUGUGCAGAGCGCCAAGCUGAAUGGGCAGCCUUAUACGAAAAGCUGGAUCACGCAUCACCUGUUGAUGGAAGGUGGAGUGUUGGAGUUGACGAUAGGGAGAGAGGAGACCGAUUGGGGGACAGCAGAACAAGAUCUCCCGCCAAGCUAUCCGUUCACGUCACAUUUUCGAGAGAUGCAUUAGCAGGGUGUGGUCUGUUGGGGAAUAAAGGACUUUGGAGGGCGGCAACAUACUAUACUAUCCAGUUUGGGUUCUGAGAAUGCGUUGUUCCUCCGGACAUAUCUGGAUGGUGUUCUCCUUGAGGAGAAAAUGUCCAUACACGCCCAUUUGCAGCAAUAUCAAACCGCUCACCGGACAUAACAAGAUCCAAUGCGAGGAGAAGCACACGAGAUAGUUAUGUUCCUUGGGUCAUUAGAAGUUUACUUUCUAGAAAUGCUGGCAUGACGAAGUUCAAGCAGCGUGUUUGGAACGUUGCCCAGCUACAUGGUCAACAUACCAAACACCCCUUGUUGUUGAGAAAUCAAACG